AUGCCGGGUUGCCUCGAGAGUGGGUCAGGCUCGGCGCUCCCACCACACCCGAAACAGUAAUGCUUUCCGCGGGCCACGAAGUUUAUGCUCUGCUAUGUUAGCAGCGAAUACCACUGGAGAAGUGGGUAACUUAACAGCCAUGGAGCUGGUCGAAAUUCUCCUGGAUUUUGUGGACUCGUCCAAGGAACCUCAGUUAAAGCGACUCAUACAAUAUGUAUUCGGUUUGCUCAAUACAAACAACAGUGACAAUCUGCAUUUGGCAUUGAAGUUGAUUCGAAAAUUGUUUGAAGUGAUAGUACCCAGUCCCAAAGACGAUUGUCAAGUGCAGACAUAUAAUUCUCAACUGGUUUCCGACUUUCUGCUGUGUGUACAAAUGUGGGCGAGUCGAUUCCCGGAAGAAGGAAAGUUCCUCUUGACACAAGUGUGUUCCAGGACUUCAAACAACGAGGAGGGCCAGGUGCUCGGGCAAUUGUUCAAUGAUAUUUUACACGAACUAGGACCUAAGUGCAUCGACUCUUCAAAACUUUAUUGCCGUAUACAAAAACUCCUCGAAUCAGAGAUUAAUGAGGAACGUAAUUCCGGUUAUUUGAUUCUAAAUAAGCUACUGAACAGCACUAGCUCUGAAAAUCUGGAUUUGUACUCCUAUAUAAGCGUAAUGGAAUGCAUCAAAAUUGACGAAAAAUCAGUAUCCUUAUCCCUCAUAAAGGAGAGAAAUCUAGAUGGUAACUGGAUGCGUAUUUUAUAUAUACGACUAUUGAAAACUACAAAUAUCUCAAUGCGGCACGUCAUCAUCGAUUUCAUAAUGGACCACUUCACCGUUGCUGAGCUCUUCAGUGCAAAUCUGUUGAUCGAGUUCCUUUCAGCUACCAACCAUCUGGAACUGCACAACUUCGAGGGCAAUCCUAUCCAGGAGACCAAAAUGAAGAAGUUUGUCACUGAAAAUGAUAAUAACCAGUUCCUGAAGGCCUUGGCCGAGGUGUCCUGGACUGGGGUGCCACUGCAUCGCUGGCUGAGCUGCCAAGAGCCGAGGAACCAGACCCAAAUACAAAAUAAUCUGCUGCUCAAGUUAGCUGCACAUGUGCGAAAAAUAGAAAAUGCGAGCUUGCGAAACAGCGCCGGCAAUCUCCUCUGUGAUCUUUUUGAGGUAUCCAUUGAAAGCUUAUCGUUGCCUCAUUUCAUAGAAUUCGUUAAGACGCUCUAUCGAGACAACGAAGAUGUUUACGGCCUUCUUAUAGACAUACUGCAAAUCCUAAUUGAUAGUUGUGAUGACAUGAAAGAAGAAAUUGUUCAUCUCACUAAGAGCACUUACGAGAUCUUCCGUGAUGAGCAUAAUGAUAAUAAUCUUUGGAGUUCACUUAAGGAGCUACUGCGAAAACUUGAUUCUGUGCCAACAAAUUUGCACGGCUGGUGGCGUCUGCCCGCAUUUUUUUCCACCUUCAGUACAAAGGAAGCAGCUAGGGAAUUCUUUCGUACAAGAUAUGACGUAAAUAUUGAUUUGAUCGAGGAGUGCAAGGAUCUGAACGAGUUACAGCAACACCUAAUUGACAAGUUAAAAUGCCAAUCAGCGGACGAGAUAUCUUUUGUAAAGCAACGAAGCCUUCAAAAUUUUCUUAUCAAGAAUGUGCAUCAUUGGAGUCAACUUGGUGAAUUUAACUUGAACCCAAUUGACAUUCUGGAGACCGGCUCAUUCGAUACAUUGUCACAUAUGGCGAGUCUUUUGGAGAAGCACGACCAAAAGUUGCCCGACGAGAACUUGAUUGACUUCUUCUUAGAGCAGUUAAAUAAAUAUAACAGACGUUUACUAAACCCUGGAAAAAUAUUAAAUUAUAUAUCCAAAUAUCAGGAGCCAAGUAAAACGGUAAUACUCGUUCAAAAAUUGAUUUCCAAUAGUAGAAGCGGCUGGGAUCUGGGAAACAUACUAUAUAACACCGAUUAUGUAUUACAAUCAACUUUAAUCAGUGGCUUACUUUUUUUCGAGCAUCCGACAGGAGUAAAACGCAUCGAGAGUGCAUAUCUAAACAGUUUAUCGACCUGGAAUACAGUAGAACAUAUUAAACAGAGCAAUUUUAUAACGUACGUGAGUAAAAUGAAAACAGGGCAAAUCGAACUAUUUGACGAAAUGCUUGAUAUCAUCUCGAAUAUAAGUCAAAGAGAAAUUGCUGAAAAUUCAAAAGACCACAGAGUACAAAUUCGUUUUAUCCGAGCAAUUUUGAAUCUUGAACGCUUUGGUGAAACGAUAUCUGAAUAUUGGAAUGACAAGCUCUGGGCAGCCUUGUUAAACCCGAGGAACCUUAUGAAUAUCAAUUUGCUCUACGAAUGUCUGGUGGCCAAGCUUGUGCCAAGAUUCGAAAUGCUACAGGAACAGCUGAUGGCGCUUGGUACUCUUCAGCCCGAUCAACAGGAGUCAGUCAUAUCUGUUGCUCACAUUUACUGCAUAUGCAAAUGGGAUACAUUAAAUACGGAGCAAUUGCAAAGUAUAUUUGAGUUGCUUUGGCUACACGUUGCUUCUGUAAAUUUCCGGACAAUGUUUUUCAGCCAGCUAGUUCUGCGCAGACUGGCUGAUAAAUGUGAGAAGAGCAGUAUGGAAGUCCCUUUGGUUAGCGGUACAAAGGCUAAUCUGGCAUUGUUAAUUGAUGACAAGAACUUAGAUUUUCAGACAGAUGCGCGCCUUUUGCUACCAAAAAUGACAGAGAAUUUUAAUGUAGCAGAUGCAAUUCUUUAUAUCACAAAUGCUCCAUUUGAUGAAUUCGAAAAUCCAAAAUGGUUAUUUUCACAAUAUGAAAUGGAGGAUCUUGACAAGUUACGCAGCGCAUAUAAGUCUAAAAGUCUUGAAAUUUAAAGUUCGUACAUUUUGUCUUUAAUUUUAAAAAUAUGUAUUAAUCAAUUGUAAUUACACACACACUAGCUUAUGUACUGUGAUUG